AACCGCAGACUCGCAAUGGACCAGUGCGAUGACAACCUGUCGGCAGGCAGUGCCAUGGAGGUGGACGACCGUCUGGCUCACCUGGAGCAGCGCGUCCAGCUGCAGGAGGACGAGAUCCAGCUGCUGAAGGCGGCGCUGGCCGACGCCCUGCGCAGGCUGGGGUGCUGCGAGGAGCAGGGCCAGCAGCCCGGGAAGAGGGGCGCACCCAUCAGGGCUGAGGGCCUGCUGCCGGGAUGUCCCGGCGCUCUCCGGAAUGCAGGAGUCCGUCAGCUCUUACAAGCCUUACCAUCCAAGCAUCUCAGCAAUGGCUACCUGCCCCAGAAACAGCUGGGCGGCUUCCCUUCCUCCCCCUCAUCGCCUAAAAAGGAGGUGCUGCUGUCAAUCAAAAGGAAAAGCGUGUCGACAGAGCGCUUAUCCACGGCAAGGAGAGACAUGUCGUCAGACUCCCGCAGCCGAACCACCUCCUCCAGCAGCUCCUCCUGCAGCAAGAGAGACAGCAAAUCCAAAGAAUGCACCGUCAAUGCCGAGGACGGGUAUGUGCGCAUGUUUCUGCGCGGACGCCCAGUCACCAUGCAGAUCCCAGACCAGCUGAGGGACAGCUACAGCCUGGACAGCAAGCUGGACCUGACUGAGCGCAAGCUGAAACUGCAGUGGGCGUACGGUUACAGGGGCCGAGACUGCCGCUCUAACCUGUACCUGCUUCCCACGGGUGAGAUCGUCUACUUCAUCGCCUCGGCCGUGGUGCUGUACAAUGUGGAGGAGCAGCAGCAGAGGCACUACCUGGGCCACAACGACGACGUCAAGUGUUUGGGAGUACAUCCAGACAUGGUCACCAUAGCAACUGGACAAGUUGCUGGAACCUCCAAAGAUGGCAAGCAAUUGGCCCCUCAUGUUCGAGUGUGGGACUCGGUCAGUCUCAACACCCUCCAUGUUAUUGGGACAGGGGUGUUUGACCGUGCAGUUACCUGUGUGGCCUUCUCCAAGUCAAACGGUGGUGCCUAUCUGUGCGCUGUGGAUGACGCCAAUGACCACAUCCUGUCAGUGUGGGACUGGCAGAAAGAGAAGCAGCUGGCUGAUGUGAAGGUGAAUGACAGAACACUAACGUUCCUCGUAAUACGCUAACGUCCUUUGCUAUAC